CCUCACGCGCUGUUUGGGUUUUUAAUGAAAGCAUGCUAACUUGUUUUGGUCUUCCCAGCCACGGUUUCAAACCUCGUCUAUAAACGGGAAGGUUUUUAUUUUUUAUUUUUAGUUGAUUUGAGUCAUAUGAUGUGACCGCAGGGAAGCAGGAACACGCCUUUACAACACAGGAACCGUAGAAAUAUCAGAAAAUCUCUGGAUCGACAUAAGGGAACGCGCUUUUCGCCACAAAAAAAAAAAAAAAAAAAAAAAAAAGUACGGAGGCCGGUGAUGUCAGCGCCGGGGCAGAUCCCUUCUGACAGCUUCCUCCAUUCAUGACAGCCCGCUGGAGCUACUGUAACAUGGAGCUAAUGCUGAGCUCCCCGGUGUCCUGUGGAGGUUCAAUGUUUUCUUGUCCACGCUGACUGAACUCAGUCAAUGCGCGUCAAGUUUUCAGCCGGGAAACGUCACUUUGAAGAGCAUGGUUAAUAAAGAGGAGCUGGAGGAAAGACUGAAGAAGCUUUUGGUGAGGCUGAAAACUCCCAAAGAGGAGAGUCAGCUGCCUGCUCUGAUUCAAAUCAUCCAGGAUCUACUUUUCCUGGCGCACACUGACCGCGCAGCCGAGCUCUUCGAAGCCCAAAACGUCCACCUUCCCCUCCUGGUGGUGCUGUCCACUUACAUCAGCAGCAUAGGAGUCCAGCGGGUGGGUUGGUCAUUGCUGUGUCAGCUGAUUGAAAUAUGUCCCAGUACGCUGGAGGAGCUCACCCGACCUCUGGAUGUCGCCGUGGAGUGGGAGGUGCUGGCAGUGCACCAGCAGGUGCUGAAGGUGCUGUCUCUGUUCAGCUCAGACUGUCGAGUGACCAUGGUUGGACUCCGAGCACUGGCCCUGCUGCUCAGAUCAGACACAGUUCCUCUGCUGGUGCUGGAUGAGGAAGAGGAUGUGCUCAGCCUGGUGGUGCAAGCGAUGAAGGCUUUUCCUUCCAGUGAGGAAGUGCAGCUCCAGGGUUGUGGAGUUCUGCAGCCGCUGCUGGACAGAGUGAGUGAUGACCAACUCGUGGACUUUGUGGAGAACCGGGACCAUGUUGUGGUUCUUUCUGCUCUGAAGACAUUCCCAGACAGCCCCGAGCUGCUUCAGCAGGCUCUGAAAGUCUUACUCCCUCUGGCUCGCACAGCCAGUAACGUGGAGGUGUUGAUGUCAGGAAGCACUCGGUGUUACAGAGCGGUCCUUGCUGCCAUGGAUGCCUUCCCUGAGGUGGAGGAGCUGCAUGAAACGGCCUGCUGCCUGCUCAGGAGGUUCACAUCAGAGAGCUACUACAGCAUCCUGGUGCAGAAUGGUGUUCAGCGAGUGGCUCUGAGAGCCAGUCAGACGUUCCCCAACAACGCAGCGCUGCAAACUGCUGCCCUCUCCUGCCUGGCUGACCUCACUGCGACCAUCGUGCAGAGCAAAGCAGCGGCUGCGCAGGGUUUGGAAGAAGGAGAGGAGGAAGAGAACCGGGGACAGGAGCAGGUGGAGGACAUGGGACUUUGCUGGAUGGAGGACUGCUGCACAGCCCUGGAGCUCCACGCUGCUGAGCCGGCUGUUCAGGAAGCUGCAAGCUGGGCCAUUUAUAACCUGCUGCUGCACGGAGCACACGUGACCCAUUCAGAGGAGGAGCAUGAUAGCAGGACUCCUGUUCACAGACAGUUAAUGGCUGCCAUGCUGCUUCACUCCUCCUCACCCAGCGUCUUUGUAGCAGCUACCAGCGCCAUUUCCACUCUCAUCUCCAACAACAGUAAAAUGAGCUCCUUGUUGCUGUCCAGCGGCCUGCAUGUGAAUGUGGUCGAGAUGGUAAAGAGACACUGGAACUCAGCGGAAGUUUCCAUCAGUGCCUGUAAACUGCUGAGACUGCUCUUCCAGGGAAGGACGGCCACGCUUGAUGAGCUGAACACGGUCAUGAGUCAGAUCCUCAGCAUCAUGAAGGUCCACAACUUUAAACCUGAGGUUCAGCUGGAGGCGCUGCAGGCCAGCCUGGUCUUCCUCUGUCCCGACAGGAGUGUGAGGGAGAACGGCGCCUCCGUCUCAGACCCUGACAGGGCCGACGUGGAUCUGAAAGUCUUUAAGAACCAGUGCGUAGUGGAAGGGGUCCACAUACUCUUCUUAGAGGUUCUUAACAGGUUCAUCAGCAGCCCCAGCAUACAGCAGUGUGGUUUCAGGGUGCUGUCCUCUCUGGCUGACUGCUCCGGUGCAGUGGACCUGUUGUGCCAGCAGGGGGCGAUCGACACGGCGCUUCAUACACUACAAAUGUUCCCAACGGAGCGAGACAUACACUACUGGGGUCUGAACCUGCUCAGCCACCUCGUGUCUAAGAGGAAACUCUCGAGGAUGAUUGUUCCUGUUCUGGCCUCUGUUGUCGUCACCUCCAUACGCCAAUACAAAGAAGACCCUGAGAUGCUGCUGAAGUGUUUUCAGGUGGCACUGAGGAUGCUGGAUGCCUGCUCAGCGGCUGCAGCUGAGCUGCAAAGAGAAGACUUUGACAGACAAAUCUUCCAGUACCUUAGUAAUGAAAGCAACCCAAGCACGAGCCCUCUGUGGAAGUCGGCGUGUCGGGCUCUGGCUAAGAUGUGGAGUGACCCAGACGUUCACCAUAACAUGCUGGAAAAAGCCUGCAUGGACGGAGACACGGCGAUGGCGGAGUGCCUGAUCGAGCUGGGCGCCGACGUCAACAGGAAACCCAAAAAUGAGUCUCUCAUUUAUCAGGUGUGUGAGAGAGGAGGACCCUUGGAGCUGGUGGAGCUCCUGCUGAGUCGGGGCAUCCACGAGCAGCACCUCCGCAGGGCCCUGGCUGUGAGCGUGAAGAGGGGCGACGGGCCCACGGUCGUCCUGCUGCUGGGCCGGCUGGGUUUGGACCUGAACAACAGCGCGCUGUGCCUGGGGGGCUUUAGGCUGGGCCGGCUGGAUGCCUCCUGGCUGAGCCCCCUGCUGGCUGAGCAAGGCAGAACUCUCAGUCUAAGUUACAACAGUAAAGGGAUCAAUUUGGCAAAAAUCAUUCAGUCUCUUAGGAGGUCGAAGAAUAACAGCGUUUAUUCCAGACUGCUGUCCGACCAGUGUCUGACCUCUGGCUACAUCUCUGAUGAAAGCGAUGACUCCAGCUUUGGUGCUUUCUCUGCAGACGACAGCUUGUUUCUCAAUGAUGACGUGGAGGAGAGUGAUGGAAGUGAUUCAUUUUCAGGUGCUCUUUCCCCAAAGUUGUGUAACAACUCAGCAGAGGAUGCUGUGAGGAAGGACUCACUCAUCAGGAAACAGAGUGGUCCAGCUGAACAUGAAAUUGGUGAACUUGUUUACAGAAGAUAUGGAAGGAGAGUCUCCACUCCUAAAGUUUUGGGUUUCGGUGAAACCUCUGCUGGUCUGCCUAAAGAAAGGGAACGGAUCCACCUGCUGGACCUGUCAGGGAACGAGCUGGACUCUCUGUCCUGUUUACUGGACGAUGCAUUUGUCCAACAGCAGCUGUGGCAUCUCCUGCGCCUGGACCUGAGCCACAACAGUCUGCUGGAGUUUCCCUCAGCCGUCUGCCAGAGUUUAAAAAGUGUGGCUCGUCUGGACCUUCAGGGCAACCAGCUUCAGUCGCUGCCAGCUGAGCUUCUGUCUCUACCCUCGCUGAUCACAUUAAACGUGUCUCGGAACUGCCUCGGCCCCACGUUGACCUUUGACCUGGCCAUCACCUGUACGUCACUGAAGCAACUCAACCUUUCAUACAACGAAAUCACCACAUUCCCCCGUGGGCUGGGUCAAACCAUGGAGCAGCUGGAGGAGCUGGUUAUGGAAGGUAACUGUCUGACUGAGCUGUGCUCACCUGUGAGUCUGCCUGAGGUCAGGCUGCUGGACGUGAGCAAAAACAAUGUCGAGAAUAUUUCUCCUGACUUCCUGACCGGCUUCCCCAAACUGGAAACUUUCAACGCCUCUAUGAACAAAAUGUGUUUACUUUGUAAGCUGCCAGCCAAGCUGACAACACUGAAACUAGCCAACAACAGCUUCACUCACAUCUCCAAGGACAUUCUUGACCUGCCAAAUUUACGAUCUGUGGACAUGAGGACCAACAGCAUUGCUGAUCUGCCUGGCCCUUCGUUCUGGAAGUCCAGUAACAUUAGAGAGCUGAUGUUCAGUCAGAACUGCAUCAAAGCUCUGGACCUGAAGGAACCCAUCAGUAGAUGGGCUAGACUGGAGAAGCUCCACCUGAGUGGCAACAAGCUAUCUGAGAUACCACCACAGAUUGGCCUGUUGGAAGGCCUGACCUCCUUGGAUGUGAGUCACAACUCCAGCUUGCGAUCCUUCCCAGAUGAAAUGGGAAAACUGCGCAGAUUGUGGGACCUCCCGCUGGACGGCCUUCGACUGGAGCUCGACCUCAAACUCAUCGGUCACAAGACGAAAGACAUAAUCCGGUUCCUGCAGCAGCGGCUGAAAAAAGCCGUGCCAUAUUAUCGCAUGAAGCUCAUCGUGUUGGGGACCCCUGGCAGUGGAAAGACCACCCUGAUCAGGCAGCUGAUGAAGCUGAAGCGCUCUCCGUUGAACUCAAAGGCGAGCGUUGUAGGUGUCGACGUCUUUGACUGGCCCGUCAGGGAAAGGGACAAGAAGAAAAUGGUGCUGAACGUCUGGGACUUUUCAGGUGGCGAGGACUUCAGCAGCUCCCAGUCUUACUUCCUGACAGCCAGAGCUCUCUACCUGGUGGUGUACGACCUCAGCAAAGGAGCCAGUCAGGUGGAUGCUCUCAAACCGUGGCUCUUCAACAUCAAAGCAGUAGCUCCCCUGUCCCCAGUCAUCCUGGUGGGAACACACUCCGAUAUGAGCGAGGAGUUGCAGCUCCAGGCCUGCCUGAGCAAAAUCCGCGAGGAGCUUCUGAACCAUCAGGGGUUUCCAGCUAUCAAAGAUCAUCACAUGGGCUCUUUCUGCGAGGACUCGGACUCCAUCGUGAAACUCCGCAAGGCCAUCAUCACGGAGGUCACCGGCUUCAAGAUCCAAGGCCAGCAGGUUAUGGGUCAGCUGGUGCCAGACAGCUACGUGGAGCUGGAGCAAAGGGUUGUCCAAGAGAGGACUAAGGUCCCCCCAGAGUUCCCCGUCCUCAAGCGCUCGAAACUUCUGCAAAUCAUCCAGGAGAGUCAGCUGCAGCUUGAGGAAACUGAACUGCCUCAUGCCAUCCAUUUCCUCAGGGAAGUCGGAAUUUUGUUACACUUCGAUGAUCCUGCACUUCAGCUUCAAGAACUUUAUUUUAUUGACCCACAGUGGCUGUGCAAUAAACUGGCAUUAAAGAACUCUGUUAUCCAGGGGCAACCCAAAGGAGUCGUUCAACGCUCUGUCGUAGAAAAGUUUCUGUCUGAAACCAAAUGUUUCCCAAAGAGCCACCUGACACAGUUCUUCAAACUUCUGGAGAAGUUUCAGAUCGCUCUCCCCUUCGGGGAGGACCAGCUUCUUGUACCCAGCAGCUUGUCCAAACACAAACCAGCAAUAGAGCUGCCUCACUGUGAGAACUCGGAGGUGAUCGUGCGUCUCUAUGAGAUGCCGUACUUCCCCAUGGAUUUCUGGUCUCGGCAGAUCAGCCGCCUGCUGGAGGUCUCCUCCUACUUGCUUUGUGGAAGAGAAAAAGUGCUUCGACCAAAGCGGAUGUACUGGAGGAGAGGCGUUUACCUGAACUGGUCCUCUGAAGCUUACUGUUUGGUGGAGGCUUCUUCCGAAAAGCAGAACCCCUCCUGCUUUGUGAGGAUAACUGUUCCUUCCUCCCGAAAAGGCCGGGUCCUGCUGGGUCAGGUGGUGGAUCACAUCGACUCGGUUCUGGAGGAAUGGUUUCCCGGCCUGCUCAACACGGACAUGCACGGUAACGGUGAAGCUCUGCUGAAGAGGUGGGCUCUGUACAGCUAUGAGGACAGGCAGGAGAGGAGCAAGAUCCUGCUGGAGGACCUUUUAAAAAGAAUCGAUAACGAUUUUUUGCUGGUAAACCCAGAAGACCCCCGCUGCACGACACCCAUCUCUCAAAUCGCUCCAGACUUGGUUCUGAGUGACCAGCCUGCAGGAACUAGACUAGACCAGGAGGAGCUGGAAGUAGACCUGUCCAAAGAGAACAGACUAGGAGUUGGCGGUUUUGGAACAGUUUAUCGAGGAGUUUAUAAAAACGAAGAAGUAGCUGUGAAGAUAUUCAACACACACGCAUCUGAGAUUUACAUGUACAGGCUCCUCAGACAGGAGUUGGCGGUGCUGGGUCGCCUCCGUCACCCCAGUCUGGUGGGUCUGCUGGCAGCCGGCUCGGCCCCACAGGUCCUGGUGAUGGAGCUGGCUCUCAGAGGUUCCCUGGAUUCCCUCUUUCAACACAAGAGCGUUAGCCUCAACCAAAAGCUCCAGCACAGGAUCGCCCUGCAUGUGGCUGAUGGACUCAGGUACCUUCACUCAUCCAUGAUCAUCUAUCGAGACCUGAAGCCUCACAACGUUCUCCUGUUCAACCUGAAGAGCGACUCCGAGGUCGUCGCCAAAAUCACAGACUACGGGAUCGCUCAGUACUGCUGCAGCAUGGGAGUGAGGAGCUCAGAGGGCACACCAGGUUUCCGAGCACCAGAGGUCGCCCGAGGUAACGUGAUCUACAACCAGCAGGCGGACGUGUUCUCAUUCGGCCUGCUGCUGUACGACCUGCUGACGUGUGGCGAGCGCAUUUCAGACGGUGCCAAGUUUCCCAGCGAGUUUGAUGAAAUUGCGGUGCAGGGGAAGCUGCCAGAUCCAGUAAAGCACUACGGUUGCUCGCCCUGGCCGGGCUUUCAGGCACUGAUAAAAGACUGUCUGAGGGAAAUCCCACAAGAUCGACCCUCUUCUGACCAGAUGUUUGACAGGCUGAACUCUGCUGAAAUGCUGUGCCUGAUGAGGGAGCUGGAGGCUCCUCAGACGCUGGGCGCUCAGUGCGUCACGUUGAGCUCCAGCCACCCAACAUCCGGCCACGCAGUCUGGAUCGGUGGGGGCAGCAGCUCCAAGAAGCUGGGCUUCAUCACAGCUGUGGACCUGGACACCAGCACGGUCAUCUCGCAGGAGGUGGACACCAGCCCCGUCCUGUGCCUGGUGACAGUCCAGAUCCCAAACGAGGCUUGUGAUUGGCUGGCAGCAGGCACGCAGUCCGGCUCAUUACUGCUCAUCAACACUCAGAACGUGUCCACCUGGCACCACCUACAGAGGGUCACAGAUGCUGUCACCUCCCUGUAUUUCCACGUGUAUCCUAGUCGCAGUCAAAGGAGGAACUAUUUGCUCGUGGGGACGGCAGACGGAACCCUCAGUGUUUAUGAGGACUCGACACUUCUAGGACGCUUCGGGCUGCAGACCCGCACGAGGUGGCAGAGCGGAGCUGCCCCCCGAGACCCCCCUGUCCUGGGCCACAGUGAAGGCCCUGCUGGUGCAGAGCGCUGCAGCUCUCUGGGUCGGCACUAGAGGGGGCCACCUGCUGCUGCUGGAGCUCUCCAAGCACCAGCCUCUGCAGGUCAUAGUGCUCGGGUGUGAUUCUGUCCGCUCCAUCAGCUCUGCAUUAAUACAGACACUGAACUGGAAGAGCGAAGUGCUGGUUCUGGGCCGGAGACUCCCACGAGACAGGAAGCACAACGAUGAAGAGUCGGUGCUGAUGUUGUGGAACAGCACGCUGCCUAACGAGGUCAAAGACCUGAAGAAGCACUGUGAGAGGAGAGAGAGGAUCGCAGCCAAGAUGAGAGAACAGCUCCAUCACGUCUGAGCUCACAGAGGAGUUGAACCAAGGAUGGACAGAAGAGGAUGUUUUAACGUUUGAACUUUUUGCACUUUUUCAGUUUUCAGCCAAAACAAUCUGAUUCAGUGUUUGUCUUGACAUAUCACACGCAUCCAAACGAUGCAUUGGUUUUAAAUUAGAUGGGAAUUUUUCUUAUUCUGUGAUCGUUUUCUAAAAGGGACACAGAUGAGUUCAGGGCUGCUUUGUUAAAAACAAAUCUGAUAUGACUGUUGAUGAAACAGGGUUCCUCUGGAACGCAGCAGAGAACAGUUUAUAAAGAAAGGAACAAAAGCCACUACAAGUUUAAAUGUAAUUAUUAUUCCAUGCAUGUGUCAUAGUUUUCUUUUUUUUACAUUUUACCCAGUUACUGACAUCAAACAAGAAACAGUCAAUAAAAGCUAUUUUGUAUAAAA